UGCGCGAGCAGCGGACCAAUGGACGGGCUCACCCGUGUCGCGUCCGCGGCCCCGUGUUGUCGGCCUCGCGCACCUCUCCUCUCCUCCCUCCACACCGUCGCACAGCCAUGGCGGACAGCGCGAGCGAGAGCGACACCGACGGAGCGGGCAGCAGCUCGGCCGCCCCGAUGUCGACGUCCGCAUCCAACUCGGGGAAACCGAGCAUCGUCAUUUCACAGUUCCGCCUGGAGGAGCUGACGAACCGCCUGGCCUCCCUGCAGCAGGAGAAUAAAGUUCUCAAAAUUGAGCUGGAGACGUUCAAACUCAAGUGCAAAGCCCUGCAGGAGGAGAAUCGGGACCUCCGCAAAGCUAGCGUCACCAUUCAAGCGAGAGCGGAGCAGGAGGAAGAAUUUAUCAGCAACACCUUAUUCAAGAAGAUCCAGGCCCUCCAGAAGGAGAAGGAGACCUUGGCAGUCAACUAUGAAAAGGAAGAGGAAUUUCUCACCAAUGAGCUGUCAAGGAAACUCAUGCAACUCCAGCAUGAGAAGGCAGAGUUGGAGCAGCACUUGGAGCAGGAGCAGGAGUUCCAGGUUAACAAACUAAUGAAAAAGAUCAAGAAGAUGGAAAAUGAAACCAUCUCAAAGCAGCUAACACUGGAACAGUUAAGGCGGGAGAAGAUCGACCUUGAGAACACAUUAGAGCAGGAACAAGAAGCGCUGGUCAACAGGCUGUGGAAACGGAUGGACAAAUUGGAGGCUGAGAAAAGAAUCCUUCAGGAGAAGUUGGACCAGCCUGUCUCAGCUCCUCCCUCUCCGAGAGAUGUUUCCAUGGAGAUCGACUCACCGGAGAACAUGAUGCGGCAUAUCCGCUUCCUGAAGAACGAGGUGGAGAGGCUUAAGAAAAGCCUGCGCACCACUGAGCUGCAGCACACAGAGAAGCGUGCACAGUACAUAGAGGAGGAGCGACACAUGAGGGAGGAGAACAUCCGGCUGCAGAGGAAGCUUCAGAGAGAGAUGGAGCGCAGGGAGGCCCUGUGCAGACAACUGUCAGAGAGUGAAUCCAGCCUGGAGAUGGACGAUGAGAGGUACUUCAAUGAGAUGUCUGCUCAGGGCCUGCGAGCAAGGACCGUGUCCAGCCCCAUCCCCUACACCCCCUCCCCCAGCUCCAGCCGACCCAUAUCACCUGGUCUCUCAUAUGGCAGCCACACAGUUGGCUUCACUCCUCCAGCCACACUGUCCAGAGCUGCCAUCUCCCACUACAACACUCCUGCCCUGCACGUCCACGGAGGCUCCUCUCACGCCGUAGCAAGGCCCUCCCCAAGAAGAAGCACCAGCCCCGACAAAUUCAAACGACCAACGCCCCCACCCUCCCCCAACACGCACUCAGGGGCCGUGCAGGCUCAGCCUCCGCUGCCCCCACCAGCGCAGCCCAUGGUCCAGUCCAUGUCCUCCCCGGCAGCCAUGUCGCAGCACGCAGCCGCAGCAGCGCAGCAGCCUCCCUCCCAGCCUUAACGCCACAGUCUCUCUCUCUCUUUGCGCGCGACGCGCCCACUGAAUGCCACGACGCUUCCGCAACAGCAGCUUCCAUCAUUACCAGCUCUGGAAGUCAAGUUUCUUACUCUUUACCAACUCCUCAAAAGAAGCAGCUUCAUACGUUUUAGGGUGGAAAGAAACGAGACGGCGGCUCAGUGAAGCUAGCUGCCAGCCAAAUCCACACGUGGCGUUACUUAACUACUCUUUAAAGGAAAGGAUGGACAGAAAAAGAAUCGCUUCUGGGGUCUGUAGGCCAAUUAUCUGUUCCACCUUCUGUCUUGUAAAUGUUCUGUUUUUUUUCUUUGCUUGGGACUGUAGCUGGUUGGAAUUGUUGUUGUGGCGCUUCUAAGAUAGCACAAACAGCACAUACAGUAUGUUUCAUGGUGAUGUGUUCUGAUAGGAUGGAUGUAUGGCUAGAGAAAUGGCUGAAUUAAUAGAUGGAUGUGGUUGAUUCUUUGCGAGCCUCUAUAUGACACUCAGUUGCAGUAAUGUCGUCCACUCCAGGCCCCCCCGAAGCAGUGUCAACAAUUCACCCCGCACCCGAGUUCAAACAGCUUCCAUUAGGUCAACAGGAGGGGUCGUAGAAGACUGCUCCGAGUUUCUCCAUUACAGGGCAUUGAUCAAAGAGGGCGCGCCACACUUAUUUCAGUUUGUGGAAGCAUUCAAGGCUCUGCUGCUCUUCAGUCCAAAGGAAAAAUAAAACCCAUCAAGGAGGAUGGAUGCUGGUACAUAACCCACAGAUAAAUUGUGUUUGAAAUGUAGUCUGAGGUGUUACAACUUAGUCAUGUACUCAGUCUCUUCUCUGCUCUUCUCUCUCUCUGGUGUAUUUCUGAAAGCUUCUAUCAUCCUGAUGGAUAUUCAUCAGAAAAAGGAAAAAAAAACAAAAACAUAAUGCUCUUUACACUAAAUAUACAUUAUACUGCUCCAACAUUCUAAAUGAAUGGUACUGUUGAACUAAAUUUCUAUGUAUGAUUAAAGCUCUUGAGAUGACA